AAUCUCAAUAGAUCCCGAAUCGUUCAUCGAUCUCAUCAAUCGCGAUUUGAUUUUUUCUCGCCGACUCCAAAAUUCAAGUAUGUCUGAGACUGAUUCUCAAGCUCCCCCUCCUCUUGGACCAGAAUUAGCUAGUGGAAAAUGGAGAGUUCGUGUCAUAGAUGGAGAUAGAAACAUUACAGAGGAAAAGAUUUCAGGAAAAGAAGUGUGGGGCUUGCUAAAUCGGCGGGUUAUGGUUGAUUUCAAUAGAAGAGGACAGGUUAUCAAAGAUUCUGGAGGUUUGUUUGGUUCGUGGUUAGGUUCACUGAGUAAUGAUCUUAAUAUAUUACCUAUUAACUACACCGAUUGGAGGACAGUUCCCAAUUACAGAAAAGAAAUGGCUUGGAAAGUGAUUCAGGAAGAGGAGACAGGCAAAGAACCAAAUCGAGCUGAACUUUUUAUUGCAUCAAGGACUAGAUCAGAUGGAAGUUUAUUGAGCAACGAAGCAAGAAUCAUUGUGGAUAAGCUUUCCCAAGUAAUGACUGAGAAUAUACAAGAUGAAGCAUCCAAUACUGAGUCUAGACCAUAUGAUGCAUUUGAACAAGUGUUUGGUUCUGAGCCUACAGGUCGAGUUCGAUGUGUUGGACGUGGAGUAACACCGUCCAAGUAUCUUUUGGAUCAGGAAUCUGUGAUGUCGUCUAAUGCUGAGAUUUUGGAGCUAAAGACCCGUUUGAAAGGACUUGAAGAUAAGCUAGAAAUCGUGACAGAUGCUCUUUUUGUUCUUGUUAAAUCGAAAACUGAAGGAAGAUACUGAAGUAAGGUAGUGUAUAAAGCUAAGUUGUAGAU